CAAGGGCGGGUUCAAGAAGAGGCUAGCGUGGAACUAACCACGGGCGAACAGAAUAGAAGGAAGGUGAAGCGUCCGCCGACAAAGAAGAGAGAGACAGUUGAUUCCGUCAUCACCAUCACCACCACCAUCAACUCAUCUGUAUCCACUAUCCCCCAUCGACCUCCCUAGCUUCUCCAGUGACAACUUCAAUUCGACAGUUGCCCACGAACCCGAUACCGACGACCAGACGAAGCUCAGCCGCAGCUCAGCCAUGUUUAGCGGAGGCUUCUACGACGACGACAUGAUGGGCAGCUUUGGCGGGGCGCCGCCGAUGCGAGCCGGCGGCACUCGCCGACGAUUCGACUCCUACUUCCGCUGCUAUCCCAUCGCGGUGCUGGACCGGAAAGAGCUCAACUACGGCGGAAAGAUCAUCAUGCCGCCGUCUGCGCUAGAGAAGCUGUCGAAGCUGCAUAUCACCUACCCCAUGCUGUUCGAGAUCCAUAAUGGCAAGAAGGGCAAGGUUACGCAUGCCGGUGUUCUGGAGUUUAUUGCCGAGGAGGGCAGAGUGUAUCUUCCGUACUGGAUGAUGCAAACGCUUUCCCUAGAGCCCGGCGAGCUCCUCCAAAUCAAGUCUACCGACCUCCCCUCGGGGUCGUUCAUCAAGUUCCAGCCGCAGUCGGUGAAAUUCCUCAACGCGAUCUCGGACCCCAAAGCGGUGCUCGAGAACGUGCUGCGCAACUUCAGCGCGCUCACCAAGGACGACAUAUUCCAGUUCAGCUACAACGACGAGACGUUCUCGAUUAAAGUGGAAGACGUGAAGCCGGUGAACCCCAGCGGCGCGGUCUCGGUGGUCGAGACGGACGUGGAAGUCGACUUCUCUCCGCCACUGGACUACGUCGAGCCCGUGCGGUCUGCCCCCGCCUCUGCCGGCAGCUCCCGCCCCGGCUCCGUCGUCGGCGGCGGCCGCGUCACCCCAAUCACGCAGGAAGGCAGCAUGGCCAAGUCGAUCGGCUACAGCUCGCUGGCCGUCGCCGCCUCCACCGCCGCUGCAAACCAGUUCGCGGGCUCGGGGCAGAAGCUCAAGAGCUCGCGCACCGGCACCCCCACCGCGAAGCCGUCCACCCCCGUCGCGGGGGUCUCCUCCAACCCCAAACCCUUACCUGCCGCCGCUACCACCGCAGCAAGAAAAUCAGGCCCACAACCCCUCCGGCUGCCCCCUGGAAAACUGUUUUUCGGUUACCCCCUCAAGCCAGUCAAGAAAGACGGCGACAAGGAUGCCGAGGAGAAGAAGCCGAGCAUGUUCUCGACCGGCGGAGGACAGUCCCUCCGCAGCGCGGCGACGAAGAAGAGGAAGGGCGAGGACGUGGCUGCCGGAAGGAGUAAGGACGCGGCUAUCGAGAUUGACUGAAUCGGGUUCGUAGCGGGGGGGAGCAAGGAAGGGAGGAAACAAUCUACAGGUUGACGGGGAUGGCGUUUACUGGUCGUGAUUGGGUGUGAUUGAUUCAUUGAUUGAUUGAUUGAUUGGGGUGUUUCGUUUCGUUCGUUUCUUUGACUUGUAUUUUCUUUCUUUCUUUUCUUUCGUUCAAUGGUUUCGUUUCGAUGGUUUGGUUUUCUUAUGCGGUACGGUACACGUGUUUUUACGAACGGGGAUAGGUGGGGUGGGUAGAGUAAAUGGGAGUGCCCCCGCCUUUACUCCGCAGUACCUUUACUCCGCAGCACCUAAGAAGUACCUAUUGUGUGUCUGUCUGCCACCCCGAAUAAUGACGUACCGUAAAACAUUUAGAUCAGGAUAAACGUAUGAUACCCACGUGGACCAUAGCGAAAUCCAGAGUCCAGACAUUUCCCCGGCGGCGGUGCCGUUUCCGC